CUCAUUUGAUUAAAGACCGAGUAAAAGCUAGUUAGGAAUUAGAAUGAUGUUAACCCUCUAUGUCGUUAGCAUUUAGCACCCUACCUUCUCCCUUCCGAAACAGCAAACAAACUGGGCCAAGGCCCAAGUGAAUCCGAGCCCAUUCAAACAAGUGAAAUGAAAUCGCUGCCGUUUGCCGGGUAAACGCCAUUUUUGUUUUUCUCUCACCGGCAGUGUAGAACCAGGUAAAAUCCAGCCAACAAGCCACCACUUUGAAUCCCGUCCAAGGAGAAAUCAGAACACGAUGUUUGGAAUCUCUUACGGCGAACUCUUUCUCUUGCUAGGAGCCACCGCCGCUCUGAUCGGACCAAAAGAUUUGCCUGUGAUAGCGAGGACUGGAGGGAGGCUAGUUGGUCGAGCGGUUGCUUACGUUCAAUUGGCCCGCGGCCAGUUCGAGUCUGUAAUGCAGCAGUCUCAAGCUCGUCAGGUUCACAAGGAACUGCAAGAUAAGAUGACUCAGCUUGAAACCAUACUUUAUGAGAUUAGAAGCGCUUCUACUUUGAGACCUGGACCAAUGACUCGGAGGAUGAUUGAUGAUCUUGCUGAUCCAUCUGCUGCUGCUGAUGGCAGCGGAGUGGCUGAAACUUCCGGUGUAGUGAAUGUUUCAACAGCUACUGUCUCUCGGAUUUCAAGCGACCAAUCUCGUUCUGAGAGUAUAUCCGCAACUGCGGUCUCCAAGAUCUAUGCUUCUUCAUUAGUCUCGGAUUCAUCCAAUGUGCACAGCCAAGCAACUGCUUAUGCAAGGUUGGCAGAAUCUGCAGCCGUUAAGGCUAGUUUGGUCUCGGAACAGAAGAUUGAUGGUCCAGGUCUCCUUCAUGUUUUGCCUGUUUCGGCUGAAAGUACUGGAAUGCUACCUAAUCGUCAGGUUGCAGAUAACCUGAAUGGAUCAGACAUUAUGUUGGAAGCUUUAGUAGAGGCCGAGGUGGCUCACAAUGCUAAGCGUUUCUUUGCCCAACCUGAAAAUCAAAUAAAGCAAGACGGCGAGGUCGAGAAGAGAUAGAUAUCCUCCAUUCUUUCCCCAAAGCAUGGUGAGGGACUAUGAGUAUGGGAAACUUAUGCAUGUAGGUCAAUGUGAUCAACAUCAGAUGCACGUCAAGCAUUGAAAUAUGAGGUCCUGCAUUAUUAUGAUGUCCUCAGCGAGCUAGCAUGGGCAACCUAACCCAUCUUUGAUAUGUGAAUGGUGGCAAUGCAUAACAGAAGAUUUUACAUCAUCGUUAUGGAGGGUUUUUGGUACAAUAAUGAAGAUGGCUGAUCUUCAGUCGACAGAUUGACAUUUUGAUCUUCUUGCUAAGCACCGGUUUUGUACUAACGGUACUCGAACAAUUUGAGUAUCAGUGUCCAUAUAAGAGUUACUGCAUUACUGCAUCAUUUAGAUACCCAAAAAUAACUGGAUCACUGACACGGCAUCUCCCCCUUUCUUUGGGUUGAUCUGUUUGUAAAGAUGGAGUGGGACGGAACAUGCCAGUUUAAGAUGUUAGGUGAAAGAGCAAAUUGGCCGUCAUAUUAAAUUCUGGUGCGUUUACUCAGUGAUGUUAGAAUUCUGUUGACUUUUGUUCUGGUCAAGCAUUUGAUGAUUGCUUGCUGCAAUUGCUUUCCACAGUAUACAAACUAUACAUGUUUAUCUUUGCCUGUUGUUGACUCUGAGAGUGAGAGAGUCUUUUGUGGUGCAUCAGUCGACACACUUUCAGGUGGCAGAAAUUUAGGGGUCGUUUGGUUUUGGUGAUAGUUUGGUUGGGAUAGUUACAAUGCAUGCAAUGUUCACAAUGCAUCGUUUUUUUGAAUUUUCUACGCAAACAAUACAUGCAUUGUUUGCUUGAUUUGACACAAACUAUCACUCAAAAUGAGUGAUAGUUAAAUCUCAAGUUUUCGUUGAGAUUGUUUGAUGGAGAUUGUUGUGUUUUCUUCUUCUUCCAAAUAUGUCCCUACCUUUUUAUGUGUGUUGCUUUUUUAUAUUAAAAACAAAGGGUAAAAGUGACAUUUCACCCAAAAAGUGAUAUAAUUUAUUUAAAUACUACAAUAACUAUCACAGAAACCAAACGAUGUAAACUACAAUACACCAAUUUUCUUAUAUACAUGUAUAUUAUUAUGGGUAAUUAUCCUAAAUGGUCACAAACCUUUACACUUUGUACAAAACGGUAACAAACUUUUAUUUUUGUACGAUUCGGUAAUAAACUUUUAACCGUAUA